UAUCCUCUUCCCGCCUUGUCACAGUAUGUCUUACCCCGUCAACACUCUCAAGCAGUAGAAAGAUGCUAAGGCAGUCACUCGUUAACAGAACAGUACCUCAUAUCACAGUCAGCAGUCCUGGAGGCUCGGUAACCCCACAGAAGUCGACAACCUCAUCUCCGAUACCUUCUGCUAGUGCGACUUCGGUCGUUACAGCAAGCGGUAACCUCAACCCUUCAAAUUCUGGCAUAUCUGUAUCGUCAUCCACAACAUCUCCGUCUACUACAUCGAUACGCAAGGCGAGGCCUAUUCCAGCAUCUGAUGUGAAUCGAUACGAGAGGAAGCGUACAAUACCCCAAACGAGGGACCGCGUAUUCAUUGAGCCGGGGAACAAGGUGUUCGAGGACAAACCGCCCUCUGGUCGCUGGAAACCACUCGUGCACCCUGAAGGUGCCUUGUAUUACUAUGACAGCAGUCGCCGGGUAUACACUGAUGCCGACUUAUCAAAGCCGUCAACCCUCCUUGCGAUCGAGGCAUUCGCAGAUCAACUAUAUAACGAUGCACAGGCCAACCCAAACGUGGAUAUCACUAGCAAAACAGAAUUAGUCGUUGAGGAUAUUGACGAGAACAUCUGUGGCUACUAUUUUGUCGAGCAAGAUACACGGUGCAUCUUCUGGCUAGAACGUUUUGAUGCGGAAACCUUGUUUGGGAACAUCAGGCGAGUGAAGAAUAUGGGUCAUAUCAAAUACGCUAUUGAAGCUCAGUACUGGACUCACUGUGAACUAUUUCCACAUGAAAAUCGAGUGACGCCAGUUGUUCUCGAGGAACUAAAACAAAUGAUUAUGCAUGCCGCAGCAGUGACCAUCACAUCUGUGACGUGUGUCGCUCCGUUUGAGAAAGAGGAGCUGGAGAAGAUGCUGGACCUCGUUAUGAACAUCGAAGGAACCCUUGAUGGUCAAUUUACGCACACGAGAUGUGUCGUGGCCCGAUUUAUGUCCGAGUUCAUCAAAGCAAAGUUUUUCAAUUUCUGUGGACAGCCAGGUGCAAGGCUGGAUUCCGACCAGACAAUCUACUUCAAGGGCCAUGAUCACCAGUCGCUUCUGUUCAUUAUUACCUCUUUCCUGCUCUUUGGCUCCCCUCGUACCCACCAAGAAGAUCUGAAGGUGAUAUGGGUUGAUAGGAUCAUUAAUCGCGUCCUGUGGAAUCAAUUCAUUGACAAACUCAAUGACGAGUGGACUGGACUCGCGCUUUCGGCGACAGUUAUUCUCAAUGCUAACAUAGCUUUUCUCGCAAUUUCAUCUGUGCCAGACACCGCCGGAUUACUAAGUUAUAUAUCAGUAGUUUGCAGCAUUGCAGUUGUCCUCCUCGUACUUCUUCUGGUUCGUCAAAACCAGAAAAGGGAUUGCGAGCGAGCUGUUGCGCUUCUGACAUACGUGGAACAGUCUUUCUUCGGCACAGAAGUGCUAGCCAUAUUGUAUAGCUUGCCAUAUGGACUGUUGGUGUGGGCCCUCAUAUAUUUUGCUGCAGGCUUCGGCGAUUUAGUCUUCAAGAUUGAAAGCCAAUGGACGCGUGGUGCCGUAGGUUUUGCUGGAGCACUUGUAGUCUGUUUCGUGGUGUUGGUAUUGCAGAUAGGAAGACAUCAGAUCAGUCCUAAAGAUGAGGGAUCUGUGGUAUAGCUUGUAUAUUGACAUCUUGAAACGAGUGCCAGGGAAUAUCGCUG